CCGUUUGUGGCCCGACGGGGGCGCGACGCAGCACGCGCGGUCUCCACUGGCCGUCCCUCUGGCAUGUCGCCUGCGCUGAACAGCUGGCCGCGGCACUACGGAGGCCUGUCAGCCUGCGGCGUGGGCGGCGGCCGCGUGGAGGCGGCGCGCGCUGCAGAGCCGCGGAGAAGAAGGACGCGGUGCAGGUUGCCGAGCCGCUCAAUCCUGCGGAGAAGGGGCGACCUGGUCUUCGGCGCGACCGUGAACCUGACCAAGGGCAUCAUAGGUCGCCUGGCUCGAGAAGCUGCGGACCUCGGACAGCCUGUGGUGUCAUGUGGAGGAGAGGAGGAGGAGGAAGAGGAGGAGGACAGUUUAUACGUUUCUGUCGUGUGGUGUUCCUCGACCGUCGGGGGCCUCGGCCUCGGCCUCGUCUCCCUCGUCGCCACCGGCUUCCUCGCCCUGCUCGGCUUCCUGGCCAUCGGCUACGCGUGCCGCCACACGGGCGCGCGGACCUACCGCGAGGCGUGCGUGCGGAGCGCGGGAGUGCACCCCUUGCUGGUGGACGUCAUGGUCGUGCUUGAGUGCAUCAUCACAAACGUUGGCUACACGCUCCUCAUUCUGGACUACGCCAACAUCGGCCUCAAUGGCCUCUUCGGUCUUCCGGUGAACCGACUCAGCAGGACGCUGUUGGCAGUGUUAAUCACGGCGUCUGCUAUCCUGCCGCUGUCGCUGAAAGAGAAUCUCUACUCACUGCGGUUCUCGUCGCUUCUUGGUGUCUUUGCUGUCGGGUACGCGCUUGUCUUCGUUAUUGCGGACAGCGCUACGCAGGAAAGUUGCUGGGACUUCUUCGAUGGCGCCAGCUUUGUUGGCUCAGAGAGGGAGGGCAUCUUUCGGGCGGUGUCAAUCAUGACGAGUGCUCUGAGUUUUCACUACAACGCUCCGACCAUCUGGGCAGAGCUGUCAGACCAUCCGUCGCAAUGGAACGCCUUCGUUACAGCAUCCAUCCUCUCGUUCAGUAUCUGCACCGUAAUCUAUGUUGCCUUCUCGAUCGCAGGCCUGGCAUGCUUUGGGUCCACGGUCCAGGGCAACGUGCUGAUGGGCUACCAGCCUGGCGUGCUCGUGCUCCUGGCAUGGAUAGCCCAGUCUGUGAAUCUGACGGUGUGUUUCCCGCUGGUCUUCAAGCCCGCCCGGGACACCCUGAUGCAGAGCGUGGGCUUCCCGCCUCCGUCGUCGCAGGGGCAGGGUCAGCACUGCCGCACGCUCUCCCCGUGGACCGCGUCGACGGCCGCGGUCGUCCUGUGCGUGGUGGGCGCCGCGACGACCCUCACCGACAUCUCCCGGGUGCAGGCGUCCAGGAAGAAGCAACGGCAUGAAAGCAUCAUCUUUCGGAGCUCCGAGCGGAUCUCCCCCUGGCGACGCCACCUGGCGCCGCCACUGACGCGCUCUGCGCGCCAGGUAGGGAGGUGCCAGCGCCGAUCCAAGACAUCCGCGCGAAACUCCGAAUACUUACGCUUGCACAGCUUUUUCUUCCUCCCUGAGGCGUUCCGAGGCGCUCUGCUGGGGGCCCCCCUCUGCUUCAUGCUUCCCGGCCACAUGCUCGCCUACCAGGCGAGCGCUCUGCCGCUGAAGACUGCAGGGGUGGCGCUCGUGAUCCCGCGAGGCCUCCUGCGCCACUCCGCCAGGCCCCCUCCCCCUGCGAGGCCAGAGGCCGGAGCGUGUCCCUGGGCCGCUCGGCUGCCCCAGAGGGGAAGCGUGGAGGCGGAUGAGUCAUUGGGGACGGAAGGAGGGGAGGCAGACAAUUCAUCACCUUACUCGCCACCCCGGGCAAGCCGGGGCCGGCGGCUGUUCGGCGCAAUUUCUGGGGCCCUGGGUUUGUUCUGUGCAGUUUUCUUGUGAUCGGCGUAGGUGCAUGCUCGUGCAUGCUCACCGAUCGGUGAGCGACGCGGAAGAACGGGUUCGACUGCGCGGACAUUCGCGCGUAAGCUGCCCGCGCAAGGUCG